AUGCCCGUUCCGAGUAGAAGUGAUUCCAUCAAGCCCCCUGACAAGCCGCCCGCACAGAAUGGCAGCCGCGGGAAGCUUCCCUCUGCGUCACCGAAGGUUCCGGUAGCUGGCAAGUCAAACGCGUCCGCAGCAAGUCCGUCGGGCGGCAAAAAGUGGAGCAAGGGAACGCCGUCCGCGGGAUCGAAGUCGCCGAAACAAGGCGGAACACCAGCGCAGGGCGAUCCCGGUUCGCAGGCGAACGGUCCUGGAGGAGCCACCAACGGUGCCUCGAGUCUCAUCUCCCCUUUCCUCAUAUCCACCUCCCCAUCUCCCCCGUCUCUAUCUCCCGUUCCCCAAUCCCUCCCAUGUCAGGGCCGCGGCUGGUGUCUCAACUUUAUCGACUGUGCCUCGCGCCUCAUCUCCCUAUUCCGGGUCUCAUCUCCCCCUCCCCAACCCCGUGACUCAUACCCCACUCUCUCCCCACUCUCUCCCCACUCUCUCCCCACUCUCUCCCCACUCUCUCCCCACUCUCUCCCCACUCUCUCCCCACUCUCUCCCCACUCUCCGUGUCAGGGCGGGGGGUGGUGCCUCAACUUCAACGACUGUGCCCUGCGAGCCGACUCCUAUCGCGGCUCCUCCCGCUACUGGCCCUCGCCCUCCUCGCCCUCCAACCUCACUCGCCUCAUGGCUGGUUACCGCAUGAGCUUCACAGGCAUACUCAGCGGCAACGCAGCCGACAACCCCUUCUUCCACAACUGGAACAUGGCGAUCAUCAUGUACUGUGACGGAGGCGCUUAUAUGGGGUACAAAGGCCGCAUGCAGCAGGGCUCCAAGCGAGUCUUCCUCUCAGGCCACCACAUUCUCAAGAACACCCUGAUUGACCUGCAGCAGCAGAGGGGCAUGGGGACAGCAGCGUCGGCUCUCAUCGCCGGGUGUUCGGCGGGAGGGCAGGCUGUGGCAGUGGGGUGUGACUGGAUGGCCUCGUUUCUGCCACGCUCCGCUAAAGUCAAGUGCGCCACUGACGCUUCUUUCUUCCUUGACGGACACGAUCAGCAGCCGCCGCAAUCGUCGCCUACUCCUAACGCCGGACAAGCCCAGGCGCAGUAUUCCGCGCAACAAGCAUACGCCUCUCCGCAACAAGCGUACGCCGGCCCUCAGCAAUACACCUCCCCGCAGCAGCCGUACACAUCCCCUCAACAACCCUACAGCACGCCGGUCACUGCGUCGCAUGCAGUCGCCCCGGCUUCCGGAAAUAACGGGAUAGGUAGUUCCCCUUUGACUACCGCCAUGGCUCCUCCCAGCGCGCCGUCAGUCGCGCUGGAGCUAACGCAUGGCGGCUCACAACCCGUCUCCGCCGCCUCUACCCCUGUCCGCGCGCAUUUCGUCGACGCGUCUCAAUCUACCCCUGUCCGCGCGCACCAACCGCACUCCCCCUCCCCCGGCUCCGCCGCUGCGCACACGUCUGCGGUCACGGUUGUGCAGGCAUCUCCUCUUACUGUUGCGCCCAGUCCCUCCCCCUCUCCCGCUACGGGAACUCCCGGAGCCGUCGCAGCGUCGCCAGGCGGAGUAGGUGCGUCGCCGGGUGGAGUAGGACCGUCGCCAGGAGCAGUCGCAGCGUCGCCAGGGGUCGCAGGGUCAAUGCACGACCCGCCGUGCGCGGCGUGCAAGUCGCUGCGGCGGAAGUGCACGCGCGAGUGCAUCUUCCUGCCCUACUUCCCCCGUGACGAUCCUGAGAAGUUUGCGCGCGUGCACAAGGUGUUUGGAGCCAGUAACGUGUCCAAGAUGCUGCAGGAGCUGCCGCUACACCAGAGGGAGGAUGCAGUGGCGAGUCUAGAGUAUGAGGCGCAGGCCCGGGUGCAGGAUCCAGUCUAUGGCUGUGUUGGCAUUCUCUGCGUGCUCCAGCGACAAGUGGUUGCUUUGAGGGAGCAAUUGGCAGCAGCCCAGUCCCAGGCGCAGAUGCAGUUAGGGAAUGGAGUGCCGCUGUGCGCGGACGUCUUCUGCUUUCCCUGUCCGCAGAUGCGCUCGCGCUCUCGCAAACCCAUGAAGCGCUACAAGCAGUACCUCGCCGCCAUAUUCUCAGCUUCAGAUAAAGGAAACAUUGACGAGAAGCAGAUAGGAAAGCUCGCGGAUUACGCGGCGGGAAACCCGGACCGCAUUCCGAAGAUCGUGACGAAGCUGGAGGAGCGCGCCAUCCGCGAGCUGCGCGCCGAGCGGUUCAACUCGCUACCCGCCGUGGCUCGGUCGUACUCGAAACUGCUCUCCUCGUGUCAGAGCUCCCUCGCGCUGCUGGCGUGGAGCGUGCUGAGCGUCGUGCAGAAGCUGCUGCAGAGCAAGCGGGUGGACGUGCGCGUGCUGGGCUGCGACCUGCUCGCGGAUUUCGUCGACUGCCAGUCCGACGCCGCGUACGCCGCGCCCAUUCAGAAGCUCUGCCCCACACUCGUCGCCAUGGCGCACGAGGCCGGCUCGCAGGAAGACUCCCGGGCCGCCCGGUCGUCCGCGUUAAGAGCUAUCGCCGCUGUGAUCCUCUUCGUCUCCUACUUCUCCCAGCCCUGCGACUGCCUUGACCAGUUGCUCGCGGCCGUGUUGGACAAUUACAAGCCGCACGCGACAGGCGCAGGGGACGAGGAGGCAGCAGCAGCGGAGAAGGUGCGGGAGAGGACGCAGGAGGCUCUCAAGAAGCUGACGCUGCAGCAGCAGCAGCAGCAGCAGCAGCAGCAGCAGCAGGGGGGUGGUGGCAAGGAGAAAGAGGGGCUGCAACAGGAGAGGAAGCUGGUCACUCCAUUGCCCUCCAAGCAGGAGCUACAGCACCCGGAGGUGGCAGCGCUGGUGGCGGUGUGGGCUCUCGCGCACAUGUUUGCAGCCGCGGUGUCUCUCUCCUCCCAGCAGGUGCUGGCGCAUCUGCUGCUCUACCUCUCGAACGGCUCCCACUGGGCCGCGCCUGCUAGCCAAGGGGACGCAGCAGUACCAGGGACAGGGGCGGAGGCGGGGGCUGCAGGCAAGGGAGGGUUUGCAGGGCAAUUGUUAGAGGACAUCUGUCUCGCUCUCCGGUUCCUGGCCACUCGCUCUCCUUCGCCCACCAAGGAGGAGCGGCGGCUCUUGCUAGCGCUGCUAGCAGCAAUAAUCCGCCACGCGGAUUCCUCCCCCGCCCUGCGCUCCCCCCGCAUGCGCCACGACGCCCUUGCUGUCGCGGGGGGCCUGCAGCUGGCGCACCUGCUGCUGGCUGACGGGGGGAAGUGGGCGGACGGGGGAAAGGGAACUGGGGGAGAGGGCGCAGGGGGAGGGCCCGGGAUUGGGGAGGAGAAACGGGAGAUUAGCGCAGGGGGAGCGGGAGGGGCGGUGAGCAUGAGAGGAGGGCCGGAGGCAGCGAGUGGGGUGCAGGCAGUGGGUGACUUAUUACGGAUACUGAAGCGUAGUAUAGUGGAGGAGAAACAGGGGGGCGGCAUGGACGAGAAUAUUAUAGGGGAGGGGCAGGUGGGGGGUGGUGUGUCGUUCAGAAAAAGACAAGGCGAGCAGCCUGCUUUGCAGGAGCAAGCGCUGAAGCUGCUGGUGCUCGUGACGUCAUUGCAUGCGGGAAGCCCCAGGGAGCGAGCUUCUCUGUUGCUGGACGACACAGCAGUGUUCCUCGAGUCCCUCCCCUCUGACCCCUGGGGCUCCUGGGCCACACUCGUCGCUGCAGAGGCUGCUGCUGCCGUUGUGGUGCUGCCUGUCGCUGUGGCCGUGGAGAGAAACGCGCAAGAGGAGGGGGAGGACGAGGGUGAAGGGGAGGACGGGAGGAGUAAGGGGUCUGGAACCUUGGGAAGCUUCCCGGAUGCUGCGCUCCUCAGCAUCCUCCGCGCCUUCCUGCACCCGCACUCCGAGACAAGAGACGCCGCCCACCACCUGCUGCAGCUUCUCCUCCAAGGCCCAGCAGCCUUCCCACAAAACGACAGGGACUGCUAUGGGCUCGUAAUAGCAGCCAGUGCUGUCACCACUCCACUGACCCCCAUAGAGGAAAUUAAGCGCCCCCCACUGUCCCCCUCACCGUCCCAGCUGCCUCUGCUGCUCUCAGCGCUCUGGCUGCAAUCCGCCAUGCCCUCCACCGCCCCCAAUCUGGGCAUGGAGAAGGUGGCGGCGUUUGUCCUGUCUGAAGAGGCUUCGUCAGCUGCUCUGGCCAACCCCUUCCACGUCAUCAAUCCCGACGGCACUCUCUCAGAGCGCCGCCCGCCCACCUCCCAGAGCACAUUUGGCUCGCCUGCUGACUCAGAGCGGGCGGCGGCUGAGCUGGCAGGGGCGAGUGGCAGAGAGGAGGAGGUGCAGGUGCAGCUGGGGGAGAAGAUAGCUGCUGCAGUUGUAGCUGUGUUCCCAUGGCACUCAGUGGAGGUGGCAUCACUGCUGGCACCCUUCCACCCGUCGGACUCGCUCGCCCUCACACCUGCAGCCGACAUGCUCGCUGCUGUCGCUGCUGAUUCCGCUGCUCCCAUCCUACCCUCAUUCGAGGACUUGCCUGCUGCCAUUCCUGAUGAGGAACUCUUCCGAGCCUCCUCCGUCCCGGACCUUGCUAGGCCCGGCCAAGGCAGCAACGAUGGGAGCAACCGAGGCUCGGACAAUGCCGGUGCUGCUUUGGCGGAUGAUAAAGCAGGUGCAAGUGUACCGAGUGUGGAGCAGAUAUUGGAGUCGUUACAAGAAGACCAAGAAACUGCUGCCGACACGAUAGGAGCAACUCAGGCAGGUGUAACAGGUGGUGAAGCGUCAAGUGUAGAUGCUGCUCUGGCUAUAUUGGAUGACUGA